UUUGGGUUCUCCGGGUCGCUUCUGAGCUCGGGGAGACGCAGAGGAGGAUGGGGACGAAGCCGCGGCUGAGCUGGGAGGAGUCAGUGACAUUCAAGGAUGUGUCUGUGGACUUCACCCAGGAGGAAUGGAAUCACCUAGACCCAUCUCAGAAGGAGUUGUACAGAGAUGUGAUGCAGGAGAACUAUACUAACCUGGUCUGCUUAGGACUUGCAGGUUCCAAGCCAGAUGUGAUUUACCAUCUAGAGCAAGGGGGAGUACCAUGGAGGGCAGAGAGAGAAUCAGCACUUGCUCGACAUCACCUUAGUCAUACUGGAGAAAAACCUUAUGAAUGCACUGAGUGUGGGAAGGCCUUCUCCCGAAAGGCAGGACUUGCUCAACAUCAUCGUCUUCAUACUGGAGAGAAACCUUAUCAUUGUCUUGAGUGUGGGAAGGCGUUCUCUUGGAAUGGAGAACUUACUCAACAUCAGCGUAUUCAUACUGGAGAGAAGCCUUAUGAAUGUAAGGAAUGUGGGAAGUCCUUCAGACAGAGCACACAGCUUACUCAGCAUCAUCGUGUCCAUACUGGAGAGAAACCUUAUCAAUGUAAUGAAUGUGGGAAGGCCUUCCGUCUGAGCACACAACUUACUAGGCAUCAUACGGUUCAUACUGGAGAGAAACCUUAUGAAUGCAGUGAAUGUGGAAAAACCUUCCGCCAGGGCACACAGCUGACUCAACAUCUUCGUAUUCAUACUGGAGAAAAACCUUAUCAAUGUAAUGAAUGUGGGAAGGCCUUCCACCUAAGCACAUUGCUUAUUCAACAUCAGAAAAUUCAUACUGGAGAGAAACCUUAUAAGUGUAGUGACUGUGGAAAGGCCUUCCUCCAAAGCAUGCAGCUUACUAGACACCAGAAAAGUCAUACUAGAGAGAGAUCUUAUAAAUGUAGAGAAUGUGGGAAGGCCUUCUCCCAGAAGGCAGAACUUUCUCUACAUAAACGUAUUAUUCAUACAGGAAAGAAAUCUUAUGAAUGUAGUGAAUGUGGGAAGGCCUUUCAUUUGAGCACACUGCUAAUUCAACAUCUCUAUGUUCAUAGUGGUGAGAAACCUUAUGAAUGUAAUAAAUGUAAGAAAGCCUUCCACCGAAGGACACUACUUAUUCAACAUCAACGUAUUCAUACAGGAGAGAAACUUUUUGAAUGUAUUGACUGUGGAAAGGCAUUCACUUGGAGUGGAGAACUUACUCAGCAUCAGCGUAUUCAUACUGGAGAGAAACCUUACAAAUGUAAUGAAUGUGGGAAGACCUUUCGGCAGAGCACUCAACUUACUCAACAUCAGCGUAUUCAUACUGGAGAAAAACCUUAUGAAUGUAAUGAAUGUGGGAAGGCUUUCUACCUGAGCACACAGCUUACUCGACAUCAUACGGUUCAUACUGGAGAAAAGCCUUAUGAAUGUAAUGAAUGUGGAAAGGCCUUCCGCCAGUGCACACAACUUAGUCAACAUCAACGUAUUCAUACUGGAGAGAAACCUUAUGAAUGUAAUAUAUGUGGGAAGGCCUUCCGCCUGAGCACAAUGCUUACUCAGCAUCAGAGAAUUCAUACUGGAGAGAAACCUUAUGAAUGCAUUACAUGUGGAAAAGCCUUCCGACAGAGCACACAACUUGCUAGACAUCAGAAAAUUCAUACUGGAGAGAGAUCAUAUGAAUGUGGUGAAUGUGAGAAGGCUUUCUCUCAGAAAGCAGAACUUGCCAUACAUAAACGUAUUCAUACUGGAGAGAAACCUUAUGAAUGUAAUGACUGUGGGAAGGCCUUCCGCUUGAGCACACUACUGACUCGACAUCAGCGUAUUCACACUGGAGAGAAACCUUAUGAAUGCAAUGAGUGUGGGAAAGCUUUCCGCCUGAGUACACAGCUUAUUAGACAUAAGAGAAUUCAUACUGGAGAGAAACCCUAUGAAUGUAAUGAAUGUGGAAAGGCCUUCCGCCUGAGGGUACUGCUUAUUCAACAUCAGAAUAUUCAUACUGGCAAGAAACCUUAUGAGUGUAAUGAAUGUGGGAAGGCCUUCCGACAAAGGACACUGCUUACUCGACAUCAGCGAAUUCAUACUGGGGAGAAACCUUAUCAGUGUAAUGAAUGUGGGAAGACCUUCAGCCAGAGUGCACAUCUUACCCAACAUCAGACAAUUCAUACUGGGGAGAAACCUUAUGAAUGUAAUGAAUGUGGGAAGACCUUCCGCCUGAGUGCAUUGCUUAUUCAACAUCAGCAUGUCCAUACUGGAGAGAAACCUUAUAAAUGCAGUGAAUGUGGAAAGGCAUUUCCCAAGAGCAUGCAACUUAGUAGACAUCAGUGCCCAGGUGGAAAUUUAUGAAUGUAAUGACUCUAAGAAGCCCUUCACCAGUAGAUCAUCUCCUCCUACCACAUGA